AUGCCCCGCAACGGAGACGGUUCCAGCGACAACGGCCCCAUCGAGGGUCAGAACAUUGUCCAUGGCGCUGGCGAUGCCCCCGCGCAGCCUGAGCACGCCAAGAACAACAUCGCCCCCAUGCCCGAGAUCGAGAAGGGCGCUGCUCUUGAGGGUCUCAAUGCCAGCGGCGGCGGCAACAAGGCCGACCAGGCGGAACCCACCGUUGCCGGCGACGCGCCCAAGAAGGAUUAA